AUUUCCACUCAAGCUCACGUACGAAAAAUUCCUCACCCAAAUUCACCAAUAUAUAAACAUUCCCAAACCCAUCCUUCAAACAUUCCCCACUCUCUCUUACAUGGAAAAACACAGCUCAAUGACUUCGUCCCCGGCAUCACCUACGGCGACAACCUUUGUGCAAGCCGACGCAAACACCUUCAGAGACCUUGUCCAAAAGCUCACCGGCUCAUCCGCUGACUUGGAGAAGCUUCCCGUCACCUUCCCUUCAAAACUCUCCUCCAAGGCCUUCACUUCCGGUGAUCCCACGGCCCCUCGCCGGUCACCCUUCAAGCUCCAUGAGCGAAGGCAUACCCACACCAUGAGAAAGCUCGAAAUCAAGCUGGGCCUCACCACCCUCCGCAACAACUCGCCCCGCCCAAAUCACCGAUUUGAAUCACCGGUUCACAGUCCUGUCACCCCCCUGAGGUCCGAGUCACUGUUCCGAAUGAGUUCAGGUACCGAGUCUCCGUCAUCCCCGGCCAUCUCGGACGAAGAUAAGGCUAUAGCCGAUAAGGGAUUUUACUUGCACCCAUCGCCGCUGAGUACGCCGAGAGGCAUCGAACCACCACAGCUCUUGACCUUAUUCCCACUGAGUUCGCCGAGCCAACAAACACGAGAAUAGUAGUAAAGAUUGGGAUUAUGAAAGUUCGACAACAAUACUUUAUCUUUUAUUUUUUUGUAUUUUUUUGUGUUUUUUCUUUUUUUCGGGCUUUGAUAUUGGUAAUACUUCGACUCGGCCGGCUUUAGGUUGUUUCCAAAUUUUAAUAUAAUAUUUAAUAUACUUGGAAAGUGUAAUCGUUCUUUUCAUUGAAAGCUGAAACAUUCCUUUCA